AUGCCAGUGGCCAACCCCGAGCCAAACCGAGCCAGCAGGGCACGACAAACGAAUCGACCUCCACCAGCUCGACCCCCACAUCAAUCGCGCAGAGUUCCAUUACGCCAACUCCUCAGCGUGACAUCAAUCGCUGGCGGGAUACAAUUCGGCUGGGCGUUACAGCUCUCUCUCUUAACACCCUAUGUGCAAGAGCUAGGAAUCCCUCACCAAUGGGCGAGUAUUAUCUGGCUGUGCGGUCCAUUAUCAGGACUGUUUGUGCAACCUCUUGUCGGCCUCAUGAGCGAUCGGUGCACCAGCCGGUUUGGAAGACGAAGGCCGUUUAUUGUUGCAGGGGCGAUUUUGAUUGCAGGUUCGGUUUUGAUUAUUGGUCAUUCCGCUGAUAUUGGAUGGUGGUUAGGUGAUAGAGGAGAUGUCAGACCAAGAGCAAUUGGUGCUUUUGUGUUUGGCUUUUGGAUUCUUGAUGUUGCUAAUAAUAUGACACAGGGUCCUUGUCGUGCUCUACUCGCUGAUCUUACUGGAAAGGAUCAUCGAAGAACUAGAGUCGCAAAUGCUUAUUUCUCACUAUUCAUGGCUGUUGGUAAUAUUCUUGGUUUUGCCACUGGAUCAUAUAGUGGGUGGUACAAGGUUUUUCCGUUCACUGUUACUUCUGCAUGCGAUAUUGACUGUGCGAAUCUCAAGUCUGCCUUUUAUCUUGACAUUGUUUUCAUUGCAAUUACUGCAUACAUAAGCAUCUCAACAGCUCAAGAAUCACCUCUAGAUUUGUCUGCCAGAUCUAUGUUUGCUACUGAAGAAAUUCCAGGUCAGUCGAACCCUGAACAAGAGGCUUUUCUCUGGGAGCUCUUUGGGACUUUUAGAUAUUUCCCAUGGACUGUAUGGAUAAUAUUGCUUGUUACUGCUCUCAAUUGGAUUGGUUGGUUUCCAUUUCUUCUCUUUGACACUGACUGGAUGGGUCGAGAAAUUUAUGGCGGCAAGCCAAAUGAAGGACAAAAUUAUAACGCUGGAGUCAGAAUGGGUGCCUUUGGUCUGAUGUUCAAUUCUGUUAUUCUUGGAGUAACAUCUGUGCUCAUGGAGAAGCUCUGCAGCAAGUGGGGAGCAGGUUUCAUGUGGGGACUUUCGAACAUCUUAAUGGCUCUGUGCUUUCUUUCAAUGCUUAUACUCUCCUAUGUGGCAAGGCAUAUUGGCUACAUUGGUCAUCAUCCACCACCAGAUAGCAUUAUAGUAGCUGCACUAGUGAUUUUUGCAGUGCUUGGCAUGCCAUUGGCGAUCACUUACAGUGUUCCAUAUGCUUUGGUUUCCUCGCGUAUUGAAUCUUUGGGACUUGGACAAGGGUUGUCAAUGGGUGUUCUUAAUUUGGCAAUUGUGCUCCCACAGGUGGUGGUUUCUCUGGGAAGUGGACCAUGGGAUCAACUAUUUGGUGGUGGAAACUCACCGGCCAUUGCCGUUGGAGCACUUGCUGCCUUUACUGCUGGAAUUAUAGCCAUCUUGGGUAUUUCUCGAUCUCCUGAAAGAAAGAGGCAGGGUGAGGAGGAUGGAAUCUGUGAAUUUGUUCGAGUUUCUAGAGGAGGAAACCAAGGGAAACUGAUUCUUGAAGAAGCUCAGUCUGUGGAAAAGGCAAAAAAAGUUGAACUCUUCUACUUGUUACGGAGGGUAAUGAUGGUAGGGCUGCUGCUUCUGUUGCCUCACAGACACAGCCAAGGCUCUCUCCCACAGAGAGACAGACUCAUCUCUGUUGUGGGAAAAGGGAUACAAAUUAAAUGGUUGCUAUUGGAGCACGUAAUUGUCGCUCAGUGUUCCCUUUCUUCCAUCUGCCGGUUCUCCAAACAGCCAUUUACUGUGAUCUCCAUUAAUACUCCUAGUGGUCCCAUUCAUGACGCCACGCCACCUCCACAUAUCAUGAAGAUAACCUUUUUAAAAGAGCACAAAUUAUAUUGGUUAAGGAGAGGGCAUAAUAAAAUAUCCUCUGGAUUUGACAUUUCUAGCCACUUGGAAACCCCUCGCAAAACCCCACCUCUUUGUUCAUUGGUUAAAGGCCAAGUUACCCACAACCAUAGCAUGGUUUUGUUCCCAUAA